GCUAUAAGGCGGGCGCGGAGCGGCUCUCCCGGCUGCGGGGACGCGGGUGCGGCGCACGGGACAGCGCAACCGGCGAGCUCCGCGGACCUGCUGCCGUGAGCUGGUCCCCAUGGCCGAUCACAUGAUGAUGUCCCUGAGCCACGGAGCAAACGGGCUCCAGAACUACCGUCUGGGCAUGAACGGGCUGCAGGGGCCCCCGCAGCACGGGCAGCACGUGUUACGGACUCUACCUGCCACCGGGCAGAUGAUGCAGUACGGCGGGGCCGGCAUGGACGGGGCCAUGAGAGCACGACCCAGCAUGAGCGGACCCAUGGGCCACCACCAAAUGCCCAGCGCUAUGAUGUUCAGCAGCCCCAGCCAGCAGCAGCAGUACAUGGGAUCUGUGGGCACUCAGCAGCUCAUGGCCAGCAUGCACCUACAAAAACUCAACACUCAGUAUCAAGGCCACCCUCUGAUGGGCAUGAGCAAUGGUCCUAUGGGAGCAGGUGCACAGCAGUAUAGGGUGGGCCCCACCCAGCACCCUGGCAUGCAGCAUAUGCCCUCGCCGGCUCUGACUUUGAAUAUUAUGGACACUGAUCUCAUAGAUGAGGAGGUUUUGACAUCUCUAGUCUUGGAGCUGGGUUUGGACCGGAUUCAGGAGCUGCCUGAACUCUUCUUGGGACAAAACGAGUUUGACUUCAUUUCGGACUUCGUCAGCAAACAACAGCCCAGUGCCAUCAGCUGCUGAAGGGCUUCGCAUUCAGUCCUUGUUCUUUUGUUGGUUUUGAUUUUUUUUUUUUUUUUUCCCUCCCCCCCCCCCCCACUCCUUUCUUUCCCUUGCCCCCCCCACAGUUCCUCCUCUUGCCCCUGUCCCUCCCAUGCUCCACCUCCUUUAAACUUGACAGACAAUCAUUGGACAAUGAUGGCUUGCACUAGAUUGCUUGUAUUUUUAUUUUUUUUUUCCUGUGUGGGGGCAGCCUUUCUUGCUUUUAAGGGUGGGGAGAAGAAGGGGAAAGUGUUUUGAUGGACUAAAAUGCAGACUGAGUGGUCUUGGUUGUUUCCUUUUUUUUGUUUUUUUGUUUUGUUUUUGUUUUUGUUUUUUUGGUCAUCCCAAAUGGCAUUAAAAGGAUUUCUGUCUCCGGUAGAAACAAUGGACUUUGUGACUUUCCGUAAUUAAGCUUCUAACUGCAGGAGGCAGAGGCACAGCUAGCUGGGUUUGCCUGAGCACUCUGAAUUGCCAGUGAAGUUGACAAAAUCAUCUCUGUGCCUGAGCUGCUGCUGUCUCACCUUGCAGAGAAGGGGUAGGGCUUGGCUUUUGCUGUCAAAUUAUUAUGAUUUUUUUUUUUUUCCUCCAUAAAAUCAAAUCUCUCACUUUUUUUCCCUUCGUCUCUGAAGGCUAAUAGGUUUUGAAUGGUCUCUACUUCUAACUUGAAAAGGGAUCAUUAUUUAUGCCCUCCAUUAGUUCUGACCAUCUUAGCAGCAUACUCAUCUGUAAAGCUAGUAGGUGGGUUGUUUUUUAGGCAUAAAGUGGAGCUAGACUGCAGCUUUAAGUCUCAUACCUCUGAAACCAAAUGCAAUCCAUGUCACCUAUAUAAUCCCUGAUAUAAUCUUUUAUUUAUAAUUUUCCCCCCCCCCCCCCCCCAAUGAUUAUUUAUUUGCAAGGGCUCCAUUUGCCAUUUGACUUUGAGACUGUCAGGAGAAUGACAAAAAGAGUACUGCAGCUUUAAGAUCAUGGCUGUUUGAAAACUAGUCCAGCAAUUUUUAAAAGCCUUACAGACUGUUCUAACAGCAGAAUUGUCAUGAAAAUGUGGGACCAUGUAAAUGCAGCACCUGCCCUGAUGUAAUAAAGGGUGACUUGGUUUUUAAUUACCUCUGUCAGAAAAGGUAAAAUGUUAAUGCUAGCUGGUUUUUGUUUCCCCUUCUGUCUCUUGUUUCCAGGUCCUUUGCAAAGUGAAAAGCUAAUUGGCAACUCCUAGUUGCUACUGCCCCCUGCUGCUGAUAGCACAUGGCAGCACAUCACUGCUGAUUGACUUGGUGAUUUAAUGUACAGUACAGACAAAAAAAAAAAAAUUUUUUUUUUUUCCAAAUAAAAGCUAAAGCCUCAUCGAC